AUGAUAACAGAAGUUUCUACUCGCGCCGCCACUGAUGCGGUGGCGCAAUACAUCGCCACGAUGGCAGCAAACGCUCCCCCUGCGAUCCCAGCAAACGCUCCCCCCGCGAUCCCAGCUAAUGCUCCACCCGCAAUGCCACCCAGGGUACAGCAACCAGCCCAGAACAAUGACGAUCGGAUAAGUGUAUCCUCAUCCACCUCAGAUCCAAGAUCCCGGAUGCAGCUAUCUACCAAUCACAGGGAGCCACAACCCAGACAACAACGCCACCAUUCACUCCAACGGGGUGAUGCAUCUCUACGAAGAGCUCAUAUCUUUAAUGAAGGGGAAGACGAGAUAAAUAGUAGAGUAUCUCGCCAAAACCAGUUCCCCAGAUUGAACAACCCAAUUGACGGAAGAGCGCCAGUCCCAACAAGGCGCAGUCCUUUCACCUUGAACAUCCUCAACGAGGUAUUGCCUCAAGGAGUGAAAGUAUCAGGCUUACCUCAGUUCGAAGGAACUACCGACCCGCAGGAACACAUAGAGAAGUUCCACGCUAUGGCAGAUUUAUAUGGCCCAACAGAUGCAGCAAUGUGCAAGAUGUUCCGCACUACUCUUUCCAAGAGAGCCAUGAAUUGGUUCAAUGCUCUGCCCACAGGAUCAAUUGACACUUUCGCUCAGUUAUCAUUGCGCUUCACCAACCAAUUCGCCAUCAAUAAGCAAUAUGCUAAAACUCCAGCACAUCUCUUCUCUAUUGUACAGAGAGACAAUGAAACACUCCGCAACUACAUCAGGCGUUUCGUGGAGGCUGUUCAUGAAGUCCCCAGUGUAGGACAAGAUAUGCUCUCAGGGAUUAUGCAACAAAACCUGAAGUCGGGUAGGUACAAAGAAUCUAUCGCAGGAAGACCUCCUGGCAACUUAGAUGAGUUGUUAAAUCGAGCUGAAAAAUACAUACGUAUAGAGGAAGCUUCUGCCAAUGCUCCUCCCAAGAGGAAGAGAGAAGAUGACCGCCCGGAUAUUAGGAGACGAGAUGAUCGACGUCCUCCACCCCCGCCUCAAGGCCAAUCAUCUUCAACUUAUAAUCGAUUCACUCCACUCAAUACUCGCCUCACUGAAAUACUUCAUGUGAUUGAACAAAAAGGUCUGGCAGAGCCUCCACGCCCAAUGCAACCCAAUGCGAAACGAGAAAGAUCGGAUCGCUAUUGUCGAUUCCACAAAGAUAAAGGGCAUACUACCGAGGAAUGUGCGCAACUUAAAUUGGCGAUUGAGAGGUUGAUCAAGCAAGGCCACUUGAGCGAAUACAUUGAUAAGCCUCGAAAUAAGCGCCGCGAUGAUCUUCCACGCCGAGAUAACAAUAGAGAUCAACAACAGCGACGAGAGGAGGGGGGUCAUCGGCGCGAUCCAGAUAACAAUGAUAACCAACCCACCCGAGGAAUCAUCUCCUUUAUCUCCGGAGGACCGGCAGGUGGCGACUCACAAAAUGCGAGACGCACCCUCGCUCGAUCAACACGUAUGAAUCAAGAACAUGCUUCCCCAUCCGCAUCCGUCUAUCAAAUACGAAGACCUGAUCAUGGCAUAGUCUUCAACUCCUCGGACCUUGAAGGUCCAGAUGAAGAUCAUGUCGAUGCGUUGGUGAUAACAGCAACUGUGGCCAACUUCAUAGUUAAAAGAUAUUAG